GUCCGUGUGACACGCUUAGAAUUCCGGGAUGUACGAGAGAACAGCAAUUUCCGCUACCACAAGGAGAACCAAGAGCUCUACGACCAGGAGAUCUUUACCAAGGAUCAGGCCAAGUCAACGUACCUCAAGGUGGCCCUCAGGAAGGCCAACAAGGUUCCACAGCACCUCGAGGGAAUCCACUCACCACUCGUGAAGGUUCCACAGUACCUCGAGGGAAUCCACUCACCACUCGUGAAGGUCAAGCACGUGGUCAAGAGUCUGGUAAUCAAUAUGGUCAAGGGCCUGCAGCUACCAAUGUUGACGUUGGACCUAGUGAUAGCCAGAAUGGAACGCAGUGGCAUGGCUCAGCUUCAAGCGGUUAUGUUGAAGCAGAUGGCGAAUGACAGUGAAAAGGACAAGUCUGGCUCGAAGAGUCCGGAAGCGGUGAAGCCAGGCACGUCUACUUUGCCAGCUCUUCCUCCAGUUGAUCCUCGUUCGAGUGCAGUUGAUAUGAUGGACUGGCUAGAGAUGAUUACUACGCCAAUGCAGGACUUGUCCGACGGGUCAGCAGAGUGGUGGCGGCGGGUGAGAACGGCGGCGUCAGAAGCUUACAACACAUGGGCCAAGGCUUCCCCAGUUGAGAAGUUGGUGAUCCAGCCACCCCAUGAGGAGGAGCUGGAAUCCGGAAAGUGGAGUCGCUUGAACUCCAGGGCGGCGUCCAUGAUCUUGUUAGCACUCCACGACUCCGUCAGACAAGAGAUGGUCCAGCGACGGUCAACGGGAUCAACGUGUGCUUUGAUAUUCCGUCUACUCACGAUCUACCAGCCGGGUGGACAGCAAGAAAAGGUGCAUAUACUUCAAAGCCUUCAGCAACCAGAGGCGGAAAGCACCGCCUCAAGAGCGGUAACAGCUUUGCGAACGUGGGCACGCUGGUUGCGCAGAUGUCGAGAGCUCGGGGUGACAGCACCAGAUCCCAGCUUGUUGGCCCGUGGAUUGUCGACUAUGACAAAGCAAGUCUUAGACAAGGAUAUGGAGGUUAACUUCAGAACAAACCUCGUCAGAAGCACUCUACUGGUGGACACAACUCCUUCGUAUGACUCAGUGGAGAAGUACUAUCACCACCUCCUUGCAGAAUGUGAGGCCAUGGCAGUUGCAAGCUCAACUAUGACAACGGUGACAACUUCUACCACAACUCCCGUGAAUGCACAAAAACCGGAACCACGACUAAGGCCACUUCGAACGGAAACUCCCUCUACGCCACCGCCUCCACCUAGGCUACCGCCUACGGACCGAGGAUCAGGUGACGAAGCUGAUCGCGCAGCAAAGGCCGCCGUUCCUUGCAAGUUCUAUGGGAAGACCUACAAGGGUUGCGCAAGGGGUACCAGGUGUCCCUUCAAACACUCAUGGGAAGGGAACGAGAAGGAAAAGAACGGUCGCUGCUGGACAUGUGGAGGCAAAGGCCACCCAACAAAGGAAUGCCACACAAAGAAGACUGGUUCGCCUACUGCAGGAACGCCGAAGUCAACCGCACCGAAGCCACCAACGACGGGACCCUCAACAGCCCCUACGACAACGCAGGGAACUACAAACAAGACGGUUCGAAUCGAUGAGAUCCCGCAGGUGGAGCAUAUUUCUUCUUCCUCCUCGCAGCCAACGUCCUCUAACGAUCCUCCGAUUGACAUCAAGGAGAUGCUUGCAGAUGUGGGCAAGAUGCUCAAGUCGAUGUCAGCCGGAAGCCUAAAGCGUAUCUCGGUACUUGAAAUGGGGUUCGAAGAGAAGUUGAAGGCGGUGGAGGCCUCGAUGAGGACUUCGAUGAUUCACAAGGAGACAACAACGAAUGGUCUCCUGGAUAGUGGCGCGAGCCAUGCAAUGCGCAGUGCGUCUGAGGAGGAGUACACGAGUGGGCAUCCAGUCUCAGUGACGCUGGCGGGAGAAGAUGUUAGGGUUUUACGCCAGAAUCUACAAGGCACGGUGCUGGUCAAGAAUGAUGAAGGACAGCAAGUACAACCCAUAGUACCGCUGGGACCAGUCAUUGAGGACCUCGGAUGUUCACUGAAAUGGAAGAAGGGAUCUCUCCAGCUUUACCACCCCCAGCGCGGUUACCUGAAGGUGAAGCUGAUAAAUAACUGCCCGGAAAUCCAGGCUUCGGAUGCAAAUGCGUUGAUCAAGGAGCUCGAGGCGAAGCAUCUCUGCAAGCUAAACGAGCAAGUGGAAAAGCUGAGCGCAAGGUUGGAAGUGAUGAGAAAGGAAGAAAUGAAGUCAUGGCACGAGCUCUUCAGUGACUAUAUGACCAGCGGAAGCCAAGCCACCCUUCUGAAAGUUGUCCUCACAUGCCCUUUCACCAAGGACCUCCCGGAGGAUGUGCAGGCGAUGUUGGUUGAGGGCUUCAGUCCUGACUGCGGUGCUGACUAUCUAAAGGAGCUUCCCCUCACCAGAAGACAAAGGAGAGCGUUAAUGACGUCAUCCCAAUGGGUGGUGCAUAUCGUGGAUAAGCAGAAGGCGGAUGAUGAUGAUCCUUUCAACGUCAUUUCCAAGGCGGGGAAGAUGGUUCUGGAAGUGAACGCUCGGAGCUCUAAGUUGUGGAACUUGACAAGGAAAAACGGGGCGUACCAGAUGUUGCUGUGGGCCACCUCGAAGGGCAAAAUCGCGGAUAUCAUCUACGAGCCCCCACAUUCCACAUGGCCUACUUCCAGAAGAAAUCAUCCUGAUCCUGACCUAUAUGCCCUUCGCACUACAACGGAGCCCUACGGGAAAGCCGGACUUCCACCUCUACAGCAACAGCGAGUGAAUGAAGAGACUGCGGGCAUCGCUCGAGUAUUUCUGUUGUGGAUGGCAGCGAUGGUCAAAGGAAAGGGUCAAGUUGGUUUCCUAAUGGAGUUUCCACAAGAUGAGGAGCGUCUACGAGAACUUGAUUCACCACGAGCAUCACUGUGGGAAACAGAGUCGUGGAAGUCCUUCAAGUCAAUAAGCUCUAUGUCCACGGCAGCUUUCUAUAUGGGAGCCUAUGGUCACAGGUCUACAAGGCCAACAAAGGUGGCCACGAACUACCCCGAUUUGAUCCAGAUGAACGGAAACUAUGACUUUGGAGAACAAUGUGUUCCCCAAUCCCUGGUGGAUGAACAAACCAUGGACCAAUGGUCAAGAAAGUUCAAGUCGAUCGUCGCUGGGUCAAUCCUCAACUACCACGACAACUCGUUCGCCUUUGAGGAGGAGCUGAAGCAGGCAGGUGUGAGGAUUGGAAAGCUUACACGUGGGCAAAAAGAAGAGUGGAGACGUCAUUUGGACAACGAUCAUCAACCUUACCGAUCGGACUGUUCAGUCUGCAUAAACGCCCAAGCCAAUGGCUACAAGCACAGGCGAGUCAAGCACCCCUCUCUUUAUACAGUUGCGUUUGACUUGGCGGGUCCCUACAAACAGAAGGGAAGAUCCCUGGACAGGGACGACUACAAGUACAUCAUGGUUGCGGCGUAUCGAUGCCCCAAGCAGUACCUGUGCGCAAUGGGCAUGUCGGACUAUGAAAAGGAGAUGUAUGUGCCUGAGGAAGAAGAAGAGGACGAUCUUAUGGCUUUAGAACCCGGGAAGGAACCUCUCUCCAGUGACGACCCUGAGGAGGUUGAGGAGGAGAUGAUAGAUGACGUGGAGAAGAUUCUUCCUGCCGAGGACAAGUUAGCCUUUGAGCGGGAGGUUGAAGAUUUGACAAAGCCCCCCGAGGUUGCGACCAUCUAUAUCACCCGGGCUUUACCAAGGAGAACGACCUCAGAGGUGCUGUUGGGUGCCAAGGAUAUUCUUCUUCAACUCCGUCAGACGGGAUUGCAUGUUUCAUCGGUCCACACGGAUCGGGCACGCGAGUUCAACUCCAAGGUGUUCCGAACUUGGAUCAUGGACAACGAGCUGAAGCACACCAGAACGGCAGGAGGCGACCCCAGUGGUAAUAGUACUGCAGAGUUGGGCAUCAAAUGGGCUAAGGCUCGAGUACGUGCUCUUCUCAAGGGAUGUGAAGCGGAGCCUCGAGACUGGCCAAUGGCAAUUCAUCAUGCUUCGGCUAGUUGGUGGAGCAAGGUUUUCCCCCACAGUCCAUGGACAAGACCUCCGGCGACUACCUUUGGGAAUGAGGUGUGGUUCAGAGCGAAGGCCUAUAAGGGAUCCCAGGAGAAAAAGUAUGAGGCCGUGGGCUCGCGAUGGAAAAGAGGAUGGUACCGAGGGCCGGCAGCUGAUGUUUCAAAGGGGCACCUGAUUGUCCGAGAGGAUGGCGGAUUGACAAUAGCCAAAAGCGUGAAGUACAAUGUGAUUGACCCGGUUUCCUUGCAAGGACUACUUCCUCCUGGUGAAGCUUCUGGAGUACCUCAUCAUGAAAGCGACGACAAACCUCAGAGCAGGGUGGAGCUUAAAAAUGAGAUUGAGUAUAUCUCACAAAGGCUGUUACGCGAGGAAAACUUCGACACCAAGGAGGUUCUGAAGCUGUACGACAAGCUUGAGGAGCUCGGGGACACGGACUUGCGGAUAGGGAAGAAGACCUGCGUGUCGUCAUGGUUCACAGGAGCUUUUGUCCAUGGAGGAAAGGCUGGUCUUCGAGCAAAUGUUAAGCUCUACCCAAACACUACGAGAUACCUUGCGGCAUUUGGUCGGAAGGUGAGUGGUGGCCGUACUUUUAGUGCGGUUGGAAUUGCACGAAAUGCAAACCUGGGAAUACACCGUGACGUCCACAACUACAAGUCCUCAAGGAAUAUGAUACUUCCUCUUACAGAGUUCUCCGGAGGAGGUUUGUGGUUGCAAGGUGCCAGCGACAAGGAAGGCAAAAGUGAAUCCAGACAGUUGUCCAAUGGUACAGUCGUGGAGGGCAAGAUCCGGGAACUACGACAAGGUGAACUGUUGGACUUUGCACCCGAUCAAUGGCAUGAAGUUCAGCCGUGGGAGGGAGAUCGAGUGAUCUUUCUAAUGUAUACGCCAAGGGCAACAAAGCUCGAGGGACAUCAUGUACAAGAUCUGGAAGAGACGGGAUUCGUCAUCGACUACAACUCACUCAAGGCCUCGGUUGAAGAGGUUGGAGAAUGGGAUGAGGAGGAGCCGGGACCGCAUGAUGCAAGAGUUCGGCGAUCCUACGUUGCAAAGGAUUCGGGCAAGGACACGACUUUCGUUGAGCUGGAAGAUGACUAUGACUCGUUCUGGGAAGGACCUACGAAGGUUGGAUUGCCAAGGCCAAUUUCAGAGUUGUCUAAAAAGGACCAGAUGACGGCCAAGUUGAUGAAGAUGAUGAAGAAGGCUGAAAUCCAGUACACUCCUGACAUUGAGCAGGUGAUCCAGGAGCUUGAGAAUCAGGGUAAGAGCCUUGAGGUCACUCAUACAGUGAGCUUAAAGGAGGUGAAGCAAAACCUCCAGAAAUGGGUCGAAUCAGCCAAGAAGGAGUUCACAAACCUUAAGGACAACAAGCGGGCUUUCGUGAUCAAGAAGCAGCAUGAGCUCCCGAAAGGGUGCAGAAUAGUUCCAUGCAAAGGAGUGUACACCGUGAAGCCAGAUAAAUCACCACAAGGCUAUCGACGGAAAACUCGUUUCGUUGCAUGUGGGAAUCACGUGCCGGAGGAGGACUCCUGCUUUGAUCUAUUUGCCGCAGGCCUUGACGCUUCAUCGCUACGGACAAUGCUUGCAUUUACAGCAGGCAAACCAUGGACUACAGCAACGACAGACAUAAGACAAGCUUUCGUCCUAGCGCCGUGGCUAGGCCACCCAGUUGCACUAUCACCUCCCUCAAUAGCUUACGAACUCGGCAUAGCAGAGCCAGGUGACUACUGGUUGGUACAGAUGUCAAUUUACGGACUACGAGAAUCUCCCGCUCUUUGGAGCAGUUUUCGUGAUGAUCAACUACGGGCCGCUAGGUGGGAGACUGAGGUUGAUCGCGAGAUGGUCACUUUGAAGCUGCAGCAGCUGAUAUCUGAUGAUCAGGUGUGGAAGAUUGUCAGAGCCUCCUCUCCUGAAAAGGAACCCCUCGGCUACCUCAUGGUAUACAUUGAUGACCUUCUCAUUACUGGAUUGGAUCCUGUUGUGAAAUCGUUCUUCAGCUGGGUGGAAGCGAAGUGGGAGUGUGACUCGUUGAACAUCCUGGACACCCAGAACCCCAUCAGGUUUCUUGGAAUGGAGCUUCAUAAGCGCAAGGAUGGGUUUGAGAUCGCUCAAGAAGGCUUUAUCAACGAGCUCCUACGUGCUCACCAACAUGGCGGUGGACGGUCAAAAACACAAGGUCCGAGGGAAACUCUGUUAUUGUCAGAAGAGGAGGAGCAAGCCCUGUUGUCUGCAGAAACAGUUCAUCUUCAAGGGCGAGAACAAGAAGUCAAAGAAGCUCAACGACGAGUCGGUGAAAUGCUAUGGCUGUCAAGCCGUUCAAGGCCAGAUGUGAUGUACGUGACUUCCCUCAUGGCUUCGAAGAUCACCAAGUCCCCGGAUUUGGUGAACCGAAUAGGUGAACGACUACUUGAUUACCUUUGCGAGACCAAAGGAUACCGCCUGAAGUUUGUGGGAACAGAUAAAUGGACCUUGGAUGUGUACACAGAUUCCUCAUUCGCGCCUUCAGGAGGAAAAAGUCAAGGUUGUGCCGGAGUUUUCUUCGGAGGAAAUGCUAUCACAUGGCGUUCCUCUCGCCAACAGUUAAUGACAUUGUCGACAUGUGAAAGCGAACUACUGGAAGCGGUGGAUGGCAUUCUACUUGGACUUUCUACGAAGGGAUUGAUUCAGGAAUUAUGCCAAGAAGAUCUCCCAGUGAAUACCCUGGUCGAUAAUACCGCGGCAGUGACGCUUCUCACUACUCCCAGUGGAAGCUGGCGCACCAGGCAUUUGAAGCUUCGUUACAACUGGAUCAAAGAACGGAUGUCAACCAAAGAAGUGUUGGUCAGUCAUGUUAGUGGAGAAUUUCAACAUGCCGAUUUAGGCACCAAGCCGAUGACCCGCGACCGGAUGAAGCACCUUAUCUCUUUAUGGGGCAUGGUCGACUACGCGGACGAUACAAAGGUCUCGGUCAAAGCCACUACGAUACAUCAGUCGUGGCUUAAAAGGUUGAUGAUGUUUUGCCAGGUCUGUGGAACGGCAGCCCAGAAAGAUCAUUUGUCUGCAGAGAUUCCUUGGGAUCUUUAUGUGGCCAUCUUGGUUCUUGGAAUAGCUGUCAUCGGAAUCUGGGAAGGCAUGAAGCAUUGCGGCCGUCAGCGACAAGCACGACUUCGAGCACUACGAGUUAAAGCGGACAAGGCCGAUAAGAAGCUUACAAAGACCGAGUUGAAAGAGCUUCAACGUUUGUUGGCAGUUUCAUAUGCGGAUUUAGGAAUACGAGCCGCCAUCAAGUGGAGGAGUGCAGAAAGUACUGAUCCCUCUGAAUGCACAUGUUGUCUGUGGACGUUUGUAAAGCUGUACGUCGCAGCGGUGUGGCUUUAA